AUGGAAUCAAAGGAGGUUCAUUCCACAUCUAAAUCUAGUGAUGAUCAAACUCAAUCUGGUCCAAUAGAAGGUGAUUGCUCGAUCACCCGCGAGGUCGCAGUAGAGUUAAGUCCAUCAGAAAUGACGGGGGGUGGUCCAAUAGAAGGUGAUUGCUCGAUCACCCGGGAGGCAGUAACAGUAGAGAUAAGUCCAUCGGCAGUGACGGAGCGUGCCUACGCCGAGCCCGCGCCACGUUGGAAUUCUAUCCCCCAGGGCGAGAUUUUGGUUGUCAACUUCAUAACAAAAAAUAAGGGUGAAAGACAGUUAGGCACGGUACCUAAAAUGGAAGCAAUUUGCUCGAUUUGCUUUAGAUUCUUUGAGAAAUAUGCAAUUGCGUUCAAGACAAAAUGCAACUGUGAAAUGAACUUAGUACACGAAAAAUGCGGUUCCAAGUUCUCUGAAGAAAAGGAAAAUUGUAGUCUUUGUGACAUUGAAAUUGGGCAGUGCAUGCCCGUAGUUCUUUCACCAGAAGGAGAAGAAGAUCCACUGGCAAUCCUUGAAACAAAUCCCUUGGGUCCAAUAGAAGGUGAUUGCUCAAUCACCCAGGAGGCCGCAGUAGAGUUGAGUCCAUCAGCAGUGACGGUGCCUGCCUUCGCCGAGCCCGCGCCACGUUGGAAUUCUAUCCCCCAGGGCGAGGUUUUGGUUGUCAACUUCAUAACAAAAAAUAAGGGUGAAAGACAGUUAGACACGGUACCUAAAAUGGAAGCAAUUUGCUCGAUGUGCUAUAGAUUCUUUGAGAAAUAUGCAAUUGCGUUCAAGACAAAAUGCAACUGUGAAAUGAACUUAGUACACGAAAAAUGCGGUUCCAAGUUUUCUGAAGAAAAGGAAAAUUGUAGUCUUUGUGACACUGAAAUUGGGCAGUGCAUGCCCGUAGUUCUUUCACCAUAAGGAGAAGAAGAUCCACUGGCAAUCCUUGAAACAAAUCCGUUGGUGGGUGAGAAGCUCUUUGGCGCAUAUUUAAAACUCUAAACAACAAUGACCAACGAACCAAGUAUGAAGACCACAUGAUCAAUUUCCCGCUUGAAUAAACAUCAUUACCUUGUUUGGCACUUCUUAAAUUUGACUAUUGAACACUACUUUCCUGUAAUGUCAUUUUAUUGUUACUUCAAAAUCUUUUGUUAUGGUACUUUUCUCUUAAAAAAAAUUAAGCCAACGCAUCCUUCUUCCCUUCUCCGAAAUGUGCACUUCAUAAACAGUCACGGAACUUUAUGGACUUUUGACAAAGUGUAGUUUCAUUUUUCUCGUUGAUAAUUGUGCUCUAGAGACAAACAUAUAAAAAACAAUUAAAAAAUUAUACGUAAAUGGAUGUACACAAGACAAGAUAUGUAGCGUCCUGUUUGAAU